AUGCGGUUAAGGAAGUUUAAUCUACAGUUGGACCCGUUGCCGGCGACUUAUGCCCCGUCGAAUAAAUGGUCGAAUAAAGAUAUGGACCCUGUCCCUUUGGACAUGCGGACAUGGAGAUGGUGGCAUAUUGUGGCAUAUUGGAUUUCUGAUGCUUUCAAUGUUCCAACAUGGCAAUUAGCAUCUGCCAUGAUAGCGGUUGGUCUGGGCUUCAAAGCUUCAAUUGCUGCUAUCGUGGUUGGACAGUUAUUCAUCUCAAUACCUAUGACGCUUCACGGGUAUAUUGGAGCAAAGUUACAUAUACCGUUCCCAGUGCUGGCGAGAUCUAGUUUUGGGUUCUACUUUUCGUACUUUGCAAUCGUGUCGAGAGUAGUUCUCGCGUGCUUCUGGUUCGGAAUCCAAACUACCACGGGUGGGAACUGCGUCCGUGAAAUGAUCAAGGCGAUAUGGCCAAGCUUUGCAUCAUUUCCAAAUCAUCUCCCCGCUAGUUCAGGAGCGACAAGCCAAUCGAUGCUGUGUUAUUUCAUAUAUUGGGUCAUUCAGUUUCCGUUCCUUCUUGUGCAUCCGUCUAAGAUUAGAUAUCUAUUUAUUCUCAAGUCGAUCUUGACACCAGCAUGUGGUAUAAGUUUGAUGGCAUGGGCUUUCCAUAAAACGGGCGGAGGUCCUAUCUUUUCGAACCCAGCCACGCUGACCGGUAGCGCCGCGGCAUGGCAAUGGCUCACUGGCUUAAACUCUGUCCUUGGGCAAUGGUCAACCUUGGCUAUCAACAUCGGUGAUUUCACCCGUUAUGCUAGAAGUCCACGCGAACAAUAUGUGCAACCUUUCGUCAUCCCUCUUGCCUUCACUUUCAUCGCCUUCAUGGGAAUUUCCGUCACCUCUGCCUCCAAAAUAAUAUACGGAGAAUACCACUGGGAUCCCCUUCAGAUCAUUGCUUUAUGGGGGAACUCACCCGGUGAACGUGCUGCUCGUUUCUGGUGUGCCUUUUCUUUCACUCUCGCAACAUUAGGUACCAAUAUCGCCGCGAAUUCUAUUUCUGCUGGAAAUGAUUUCAAUGCUUUACUACCAAGAUACCUUAACAUCAAACGAGGUAGUAUUCUAUGCGCAUUUAUUGGCGGAUGGGUUUUAGUGCCCUGGUAUAUUCUUGCGAGCGCUCCCAGAUUCUUGGGGUUUGCAGGCGGGUAUACGGUGUUUUUGGCACCGAUUGCAGGAGUUAUGACUUCCGAUUUCUAUUUGGUUAAAAAGAGAAAGGUUAGCGUGCCGGCUAUGUAUAGACCAAAGUCGAUAUAUAGUUAUUGGCAUGGUAUCAACUGGAGGGCUUUGGCCGCGAUGUUCGUCGGGUGCAUACCUUGCUUCCCAGGGUUUUUGCACAACAUAAACCCUGCCAUUGGGAAUAAGAACGUCAAGUAUAUGUUCAGCAUAUCAUGGCUAUACGGCUACUUUACCACUGCGGCAGUUUAUUGGGCUCUAUCGAAGUUAUUCCCGGAUACGAGGUCGUUAUUGGAUAGUAUGAUUUAUGAAGAAGAUGAUGAUAAUUUACAAGACCAUGAGUCUAUUGAAGGAGUAGGUAGCGAUGGAGCGCCGGAGAAGAGGGAUGAAAGUACUCCUAAGGGCAUUGAAGCCGGGUUUUAG